UUUCCCACUUCUUGUCACUUCUCCUGCCUGCAUUUGUAAACGGAUACUCGGAUGCUUCGCUCUUAAAGGGCCGAGGGAAGCCACCCACUCCCUCUCCAGCUACUACAGUCCACUGCUAGCAUCAGAUGAUUUUAAGUUCUCCGGGCUUAGAAGGAGGCUCAACACUACAACUAUGCGCUCCAUCAGGGUUGUACCAGGAGUCCUGCAGCCUCGUGAGAUUCAGCACCAGUGGAGAAAAGGAGCCGGACGUCACCAUUUGGAGAUGCCACUUUCCAUGUGCUUUAGCCGAGCCAGAUACUCGGCUCAAGGCAGGGAGGCACUCAUGAAUGGCCGUCACCAACAGCUGCAGCUUACAGACCAGGAUCUGUCAGAGAAUGGGAUGCUGCCGCGUCUUGGUGACCUUCUGUUCUACACAGUAGCUGAGGGACAGGAAUGUGUCUCCAUUCACAAAUUCACCAGUGCCUUGCAGGGUACUGGCCUUUGGACCUCAGAUCCACGCCUUCGUGACUGCAUGAGUCUGAUGUGGAAGGCAGCGCAGGAGCCCAGCACCGGAGGAAUGCUGGACCGAGACCUUUUCCGGAGGUGUGUGAGCAGCAAUAUUGUCCUGCUAACCCAGGCCUUUCGGAAGAAAUUUGUCAUCCCUGACUUCCAGGCGUUCACGACUCACAUGGACCAAAUCUUUGAGAGCACCAAAGGACUUGUGGAUGGCAAGGUGGCGAACUACAUCCCACAGCUGGCAAAGUGCAACCCAGACAUCUGGGGUGUAUCACUUUGCACAGUAGAUGGACAACGGCAUUCCAUGGGCCACACCAAGACCCCCUUCUGUCUGCAGUCUUGUGUCAAGCCCCUGAAAUACGCUGUUGCUGUCAGUGAGCUGGGUACAGAACGGGUGCAUAAGUAUGUGGGCAAAGAACCCAGCGGCCUGCGUUAUGACAAACUCUCUCUGAAUGAGGAAGGGAUUCCCCACAAUCCUAUGGUGAAUGCAGGGGCCAUCAUCAUCAGCUCUCUCAUCAAGAUGGGCCGCAAGAAAGCUGAGAAGUUUGACUACGUGUUGGAUUAUUUGAAAAAGAUGGCAGGACAUGAGUAUGUGGGAUUCAGCAAUACCACGUUCCAGUCAGAAAAGGAAACAGGAGACCGGAAUUAUGCCAUUGGGUACUAUCUCAAAGACAAAAAGUGUUUUCCUCAAGGUGUGGACAUGAUGGCAGCCCUUGACUUGUACUUCCAGCUGUGUUCUGUGGAAGUGACUUGUGAGUCUGGCAGUGUCAUGGCAGCCACAUUGGCUAAUGGUGGCAUCUGCCCUAUCACAGGCGAGUGUGUGCUGAGUGAUGAAGCUGUCCGCAACACCCUUAGCCUCAUGCACUCGUGUGGCAUGUACGACUUCUCAGGACAGUUUGCCUUUCAUGUUGGACUACCUGCCAAAUCUGCAGUCUCUGGGGCCAUCCUCCUGAUAGUGCCCAACGUCAUGGGAGUGAUGUGUCUAUCACCUCCUCUGGAUAAAGGUGGAAACAGCACACGAGGGAUUGGAUUUUGCCAGGAACUGGUCUCACUCUUCAACUUCCACAACUAUGACAACUUGCUGCACUGUACCCGCAAGAUGGAUCCGCGCCGUGAAGGAGAUGAAGUUAGAAACAAGACGGUUGUGAACCUGCUGUUUGCUGCCUAUAGUGGUGAUGUCUCUGCCCUCAGGAGAUUUGCUUUGUCGGCCAUGAACAUGGAACAGAAGGACUAUGACUCCCGCACAGCUCUACAUGUAGCUGCUGCUGAAGGACACCUAGAAGUUGUGAAGUUCCUGGUAGAGGCCUGUAGAGUUAACCCUUUUGUCAAAGACAGGUGGGGAAACAUUGCCUUGGAUGAUGCUAUCCAGUUUAACCACCUGGAGGUGGUGAAAUUGCUCAAAGAUUAUCAAGACACCUACGUACUGGGAGCCAGACAGGCUGAGGAAGCUGCUGAGGAUCUUUCCAAGGAGAACUUAGAAAGUAUGGUGUGAGCAUGGCACAAAAAGCCAAUUGGCUGCUAUACUAGCUGUAGUUUCACAGAUUUGACUAGAAUCUCUUGCUCUCAUUUCUGAAAGGAGACAGGCAUAACAAUACUUACUGAUUGUUAGGACUUGAACAAAGGGAGAAAGAAAGGGCAAAAGCAAGUCUCUUUUCAAGACUACUCUUUCCCUUUUGAGAAGUUUGUGGCCAUAUUCUCUAAGAUCUCCUUUGCAUGGGCCUCCCUCUAGGAAGUUCCAUAUACAAGUUCAGUACAUCAUUGACAGAAACUGAGCAAGUAACACAGAGAGAAGCCAGUGGGGCAACUCAGUUUUCAGAGCUACUAUUUCAGAUUGCCUGCAGGCUUAAGCAGGUGUUGAUAUACAGGCACAUCAUUUAUGGCCCAAGCAAGAAAAUGGAGAUCCAUGUUUUUAGCCAUGAGGAAAGUCCUGAGACAAUCUCUGUGGGCCUCAGUUUUCUAUAAUCUGUAAAGCAAAAAUGGAAAGCUUUGUCCUAGUUUUCCAGGUAAGCCUGAAUAUAGUAAACAAUGAAUAUAGUAAACAAUGUGAUACAGUUGCAUAAUAUGGUAAUGCAGAUAGACAAAAUUACAGAACAGGGAUGUGCAUGGAACUGCCGGGGGCCAGUUCAAAGGUGGAGGGGGAUAACUUUAAGGGCAGGGGAAGGUGCACUUACCCACCCUGC